UAUGUCCUGUAUGAGAUACAUAGCAGUGCCCCUCUGCCACAGGGCUGAUUGUGAUGUCAUAGUGCAGCUGAUUGUGAUGUCAUAGUGAUGUCAUAAUGCAGCUGAUGGGUAUAGAACAGGCAGCUGGCUGCUUCCUGGCUCAUAUCUGAUAUUGCUGGACUAGUGCCAACACAGAUACUUGUAUUACUCUUUUCUGAGAUUAGAAUUGAGAAGAUGACGACUAUAGAGAACGCUAUAGACCAUCAGAUGACUGUGGCUCUGCGCAUCCGUCCAUUUAAUUUGAUGGAGACUAAGAAUCGAGCCCAGUGCAUCACACACCAACUUGGUCCGCAGACGCUGCUACUGAAGGAUCCUGGCGAGGAUCCUUAUGACGUACUGCGCUCGAGCAGGACAAGAGAAACAACAUUCACCUUUAACCACGUGUUCGAUCAGGCAGCUACUCAGGAAAAUGUAUAUGAUUCCACGAUGAAGAACAUAGUGGAUGACAUCCUAGCUGGGUACAAUGCUGCUAUAUUUGCCUACGGCCCAACAGGCACAGGGAAGACCUAUACUAUGAUGGGCAAGCCUCGUGAGCCCGGACUGAUGUAUCUUACCCUGAAGGACCUGUUUAAGACUAUUGAGGAGACUGGAAGGAGAGAUCAUUUCUCUGUAUCAUUGUCAUAUGCUGAGAUCUACAAUGAAACGAUCCGGGACCUACUAAGACCAAAUUCUGGAUCUUUGGCCCUCAGAGAGGAUCCUUAUGGUAACCCCAAAAUAGUAGGGAUUACUGCAUUAUCCCCUAGCACUCCUGAGGAGGCCAUGACUAUGCUGAAGACGGGAAAUAAGCGGCGCUCUGAAACAACAACAGCUGCUAAUAAGACCUCAUCACGCUCCCAUGCCAUAUUACAAAUCACUGUAAAACAAACAGGCAGUGAUGGGGUUAGCACAGGCCGCCUGUACAUGGUAGACCUGGCAGGAUCAGAGCGGGCAAGCCAGACUACCAACAGCGGCAAGACCAUGAAAGAAGAAGGUUACAUCAACCGCUCCCUUCUCGCCCUCAGGAACUGCAUCAUGGCACUGCGCGAGAGACCAGGCAGCCAUAUAAACUACCGAGACAGUAAACUGACCUGGCUGCUAAAGGGCGCACUGAGCGGAAAAAGCAGAAUGGUCAUGAUUGCACAUAUCAGUCCUGCAGAUAGUGCCUUUGAAGAUUCACGCAGCACAAUGACCUAUGGGAGCAAGGCCAAAUUCAUCAAGACACGGGUGGAGAGGAACAGUGUCCCCCAUGGUACUGCUGAGAGGGGCAGGGGGGGCGCAGUGCUGCAGAAUGACUCCCACCCUCCAGAGGCCAACCAUAUGACCAGAGCGCCCAGUGCCAAGGAUAUGCAGUUUAUUAUGAGACGCACUAUGGCCCCGCUGAAUAAUUUGCCCCGCAUGGUCCCUUUGGCAAAGAAUUUACAGUCUGCACGUGAGAUCAGUGCUACAGCUCGUGCCAGUGCAAAUUCUUACACAUAUCUAGAAUUAGCACGUAGAUGGCUGUAGAAACACCACUUGGGCCGGCAGGAACACCACUUGGGCCGGCAGGAACACCACUUGGGCAGGCAGGAACACCGUUGGCGGUAAAGGUGAUUAUAAAAAAAAAAAAAUGAGAGCUGGGGACUAGGGCUACUGG